AAAUCCACUCGACUUUAAGUCUCGUCGCGACCGAUGACCACAAAUACAAUUCAAUUUCAGAGCGGCUCGGGAAAUCGCAUCGAUAUGGAGAAAGCAGCGGCGGCGCUGGUGCUGCUGGCGGUAGCGAUGGGGGCGACGGCAUCAGGAGUGAAAGACCAGCAGUGCGCUGCGAAUCUGCUGCCUUGCUCGCAGUACCUCAACGCCACCGGCAAGCCGCCGGAGUCCUGCUGCAGGGUGUUCCGCAACGAGGUGGAAAACGAACUGUCUUGCCUCUGCGCCAUCCUACACAACUCGGCCAUCUUGAAAUCCUUCAACAUGAACAGCACCAGGGCCUCCCAGUUCGCCAGCGACUGCGGCGUCACCAACACGAGCAUUUGCGCCUCUUCCGGUCCGAUGCCUCCUCCAGCGCCAUUACCACUCGCUCCUUCAGAGCGGCUCGGGAAAUCGCAUCGAUAUGGAGAAAGCAGCGGCGGCGCUGGUGCUGCUGGCGGUAGCGAUGGGGGCGACGGCAUCAGGAGUGAAAGACCAGCAGUGCGCGGCGAAUCUGCUGCCUUGCUCGCAGUACCUCAACGCCACCGGCAAGCCGCCGGAGUCCUGCUGCAGGGUGUUCCGCAACGAGGUGGAAAACGAACUGUCUUGCCUCUGCGCCAUCCUACACAACUCGGCCAUCUUGAAAUCCUUCCACAUGAACAGCACCAGGGCCUCCCAGUUCGCCAGCGACUGCGGCGUCACCAACACGAGCAUUUGCGCCUCUUCCGGUCCGAUGCCUCCUCCAGCGCCAUUACCACUCGCUCCUUCAGCAGCUUCAGGAGGGACUACCUAUUUCAGGAACUCCAUCGGGCUGCCGGCCUCGAUGAGCUUGCUUUUGUGCUGGUCGAUCGGCGUCGUGUAAAACUCCUGUAAGCCUGAAAAGGAUUAAUUAUUGUCACAAUAUCUCCUCAUCUCUGAGUUUUUAGCUUCAUUGUGUAAAAUCUUCCUUGGUUCUUACUUUCCAUUCUCUAGUACGUGUCUAUGUGUGUGUGCGAAUAAGGGUGUGAGCACAAUGUGUCAUGGAUUAUUAUCAAUAAACCAACGAGUAAAAAUAUCAUUUCUUUC